AUCCUCUGAACACAUCCAAGUUAAUCGCACCUUCAGCUUCAUUCCUUCUCCUACCCACCCACCCACAUCGACCAAUCCAUAGCCAUCUCCGUGCAAGCAUCGAAGAAGAGGUAGCAGGAUGGCCGGCGCCGGUGCCGCAGCAGCGAUCAGCUCGGAGCAGAUGAGCGAGUUCCGGGAGGCCUUCGCCUUCUUCGACAAGGACGGCGACGGCUGCAUCACGGCGGAGGAGCUGUCCACGGUCAUCCGCUCCCUGGGCCAGUCCCCGACGCCCGAGGAGCUGCGGGACAUGGUGCGCGACGUGGACGCCGACGGCAACGGCACCAUCGAGUUCGCCGAGUUCCUGGCGCUCAUGUCUCGCAAGGCCGACGCCGACGCGGACGCCGCCGACCCCGAGGAGGAGCUCCGGGAGGCCUUCAGGGUGUUCGACAAGGACCACGACGGCCACAUCUCCAAGGCCGAGCUGCGCCACGUCAUGAUCAGCCUCGGCGAGAAGCUCACCGACGAGGAGGUGGACGGGAUGAUCCAGGAGGCCGACCUCGACGGCGACGGCCUCGUCAACUUCGACGAGUUCGUCAGGAUGAUGAUGCUCUCCGACGCCGACCAGCAGCAGCAUUGAGAGUCUGUCCGAGAUAGAUAUAUAGUCCGUCCGUCCGUCCGUCGUCCAUUUCUUCGGUGGACGGACACAUCUUGUCGGGGAGGAAGUUAGCUAAGCUAGCCAUGCAUGUCUGGAUGAAUGGAUCUUGAAUUCUUGAUUGAUUGGUUACAACUGUUAUUGGAAAAAGCUAGAGAUUAUAUAAAUAAUAAAAGAAACUAACUGAACGUGGUGAUUCUGUUC